AUGUCAAAAGUCGUGCGAAGUGUGAAGAACGUCACAAAGGGAUAUUCCUCAGUGCAGGUCAAAGUUCGAAAUGCCACAAGUAAUGACCCUUGGGGCCCUACGGGCACCGAUAUGUCCGAGAUUGCCGCCAUGACUUUCGGGAGCCCGAACGAGUUCUACGAGAUCAUGGAUAUGCUCGACAAGCGACUGAACGAUAAGGGCAAGAACUGGCGCCAUGUGCUCAAGUCACUGAAGGUUCUGGACUACUGCCUUCACGAGGGCUCAGAGUUGGUGGUAACAUGGGCUCGGAAAAACGUUUAUAUCAUCAAGACUCUGCGCGAGUUUACAUAUGUUGAUGAGGAAGGAAGAGAUGUUGGUCAAAACGUCCGAGUGGCAGCCAAAGAAUUGACUGCAUUGGUACUGGACGAAGACCGUCUGCGCAGCGAACGAUCCGAUCGAAAACUUUGGAAGACCCGUGUAAGCGGACUCGAUGAGGGCUAUGGAAACUCCGGCGCCGAACCGUCACGCAGAGAGCCACGCCGACGCAAUGGAGACGAUGACUCCGACACCGAGUACCGCUUGGCCAUUGAAGCCAGCAAGGCUGAGGCCGAGGAUGAGCGACGGCGACGGGCCAAGGAGACAAUGGGAGUCGACAACGACGAGGAUCUUGCCAAGGCGAUCAAGCUUAGCAGGGAGGAGGAAGACCUCCGAAAGCGCGAAUUGGAGGAGAGCAACGCGCAAUCUCUCUUCGAUGAGACCCCGGCAGCACAAGUCCAACCAACCGGUUAUAACCAGGGUUACCAGCAACAAGGUGCCGUGGAUUGGUUCGGUAACCCGAUCAAUGCGCAGCAACCCAUGACUACUGGCUUCCUGAAUAACCAGUACGCGCAGCCAACAGGAUUCCAGAACCAACCCACCGGCAUGAACAACCCUUACGCCGCCGGCUUCCAGAAUCAACCAACGGGCUAUGAGCAGAACCCCUACAGCCAGCCCCAAAACAACUUCUUGCAACCUCAGGCCACCAUUCAACCCCAGAAUACCUCAUUCAACCCUAACAACCCUUACGGAGGUGGUGAUAUUUUCUCGCAACAGCAGCAACAGCCCCAGGAGAACUACCAGUCCGCAGGAAGCAACAAUCCUUGGUCUGGAAACCAGCCACAGCAGCAGCAUCUGCAGCCUGCUGAUGCUCUUAAACCCAUGCCAACAGGAUCAAACAAUCCCUUCGCACAGCGUACCCAGACACAGUUCAACCACACAGCACAGACAGGCCCACCGACCCUCAACUCUCUGGCGGAGGACCGCACCACGAAUCAAUUCGCCCAGAACAACGUAAGCCAGUACGGCCAGAACAAGCCGUUCGCCCAACCCGCUCAGCACAACCCGAUCGCCGGCUUCCAGGCCCCACAGCCACCGAAGAGCACUCCGCCUCAACCCCAGGACCCCCAUCACGCUCGUCUGAAUGCGCUUCUCGGGUCAGGCGAAGGCCAAGACACAUUCGGCAACGUUGGAGAUCUCCGAAUUCCUGCACAGCACACGGCACCCGGUACUUUCGUCAACUCUGCCGGUCAGGGUCUGGACCGACUACACGCCGCUCCAACCGGAAACCCAUAUUUCCAACAGCAAUUUACGGGUAUGCCCCAACAGACAGGCUAUGUGCAGCAACAACAGCCCACCAAUAGCAACCCUUGGGGAGGCCAACAGCAACAGCGGGGCGGUGGUAGCUUGAUCGAUCUGUAA